AUGUCGAGGACUGCAUAUUCGGACCAAGCUGCAUCAUCUUUUGCCCUCCCACUGCCAUUGUGGCAGCAGCCUGUAAGCUACCGAACAGCCAAGUAUGAACACCUGAAGCAACGGGGAAGAUUUCAAAGGAUACAUGAUGGCGACAGCAACGAGGAGCUGGACCAAGAGCACAGUGGUCAAGGGCAAGAUGGAACAGAAAGUGUGGUAAGAAGCGAGUCUGAGGCGAAGGAUAAACAGAAGGAGAAACAUCGAUCAACCACUCGAGUGCCACUAGUUCUCUCCCCUGGAGAAGCACAUCAAUAUAGGAUCUCAGGGCUUCCGGUAUACCGCGAAUUGCCAGGUGGACAAUUCCCACAUGAAGCCGAUUUGAACGACUUUACUUCACUUGAGAGUGACGAUGAAUUCGAAGGUGACGAAGAUGGGGCAAACACCUGGGCCACGAAACAGAAAAGAACCAAAACUAUAAAUAGCAGGCAGCGAAUAGAGACUGAUCUAUCUCAAUUGAAUCCACCAAUAUACCUAGCAGGUGGUAAUCCUACAAAAAAAAAUGCCCUGCGCCUUCGUCAUUUGAGCGUUGUAACAACCAUCUUACAUCGCUGUCUAAUGGAAGGGGACUAUCUUCGUGCCGGAAGGGCUUUGGGCCUGAUUCUUCGAGAUAAUUUCGGUGGACAUCCGGUAGACGUGAGGAACUCAGGGAGGUGGGCCACCGGGGCAGAGAUACUACUAUGGACUGGUUCUAGUUCCGGUCCUGGGAAUCGGGGAUGGUUUACAAGGGCUGGGUUUGAGCGCGCAAAAGAAUAUUAUGAAAGACUGAUCAUCCAAUAUCAGUAUCGCAAGGCAGCGCCGAACGCGUUAAGCCCGUUACAUUUCUAUCCAGCUAUGUUUGGGUUAUGGAUAUCAGUGUCCCAAGAGGAAAGCCGCUUGGCCAGAGACUCUGGAGAAUCCGUCUACAACUCUGGUGCGUCCGUUGCCGACAGCAAUGAAUACCCUGACCCUUCUGACCCUGGUGCAAGAAUGGAUGACUACACGCAGAGCCAUGACAAAAUAUCAGAUAAUAAAACGGCCAUUAUUGCUGCUCGCGUCAAGGAACUAGAAGAAGCCCAGCAGAUUGCAAGACAAAUGGAUGAAUUGCUCGUUUCUCCUCCUUUCUCGGAUAGCCACGAAUUGCUCAGGCUGCGUGGAAUGGUAUCUCAGUGGAUAGGUGAUCUUUACCUGUCUUCAGUUUUACUUAGUGAAAGCGAACAAGGCCUUGCUGGUAUAGAAGAUGAAUUCGGUGAUAGUCUUCCACAUGAUGAUCGUGGUGGAAACGCACGUCUCGACGCCGAGAUACUGAGAAUUGAAAUCGAUGCAGCCAAGGAGAAAAGGUUAGCAGAGAUCGAGAAAGCAAAGUCAUUCUUCAAUAAAGCGCAGGCUAGAUUGGAUCGGACUCGAAGUUCCGGUAUUUGA